UUAUUGUUAAGAUACUAAAAAGAAAAAAUAGAAAAUAGUAUUUGCUUGCCUACCAGCCGAAGGCAGACAACGCCACAACGGGUCGAGAGAACCGAAAAAAAUUGCGCAAUCAGCAUAAUUGCAUCACUGGCAACUGGCGACCGCCCCCAUUUAUCUCUGAAAAUUCAAAUUAAAUCUUUCACUUUGUCUUCAAUUCAAUGGCAGAAGUUUCUAGAAUCCACCGUUUCCACCUCCCGACAACCACCACCUAUGCCACCGUGGCUGUGGCUGACGACGAUGAUGAUGAAGAAUACCCAAAUCCCUUCGCUUUCGAUUUCGACUCCCUUUCUCCUCCUCCUAAUCACACCUUUUUUAAUAAUUUCAACUUCAGCCCCAAUUCAGGACCCGGAUCCGUACAUUCAGAUCCGGAUUCUGAGAAUUCAUUUUACGUGGAUGAAGAUCAAAUGAAUUUCGUUACGGAUCUGUUCGUUACAGAAGACCCUGAUUUUGAUAAUAGCAACCCUAAUUCUAGGGGUUUUCCGUACGGUGAUUUUGGAUCUGAUUUUGAUAGGGAUUUUCUUCCCUCAGAAUCUAACGUGUUUAAUAAUACGGGUGAUGGGCUUCGGGUUGUGGGUAUCGGGUCGGAUUCCGAUUCGGAGGAGCUGAAUUCUAGGGUUAUUGAUCAAAAUUUGAAUGACGAUUUCGAGUGGGAAGAAGUCAAUGAAAGGGUUGAAGAUAGAGACUUUUUGAGUUCUGUGAUUGAUGGGAUUGAAGAAAUAUCAGUUUCUUCAGAUAUUUCGAGUUCAAUUAACGGUGGAGAUGAUGAGCCGGUGAGGAAUUUAGAAUGGGAAGUUCUAUUGGCGGUUAAUAAUAUCGAGAGAAGCCUCGAUUUUGAUGGAAAUGAUGAUACUGAAUAUGGUGAUGCCUUGUUUGGGCAAUUUCUCGAAAGUGAAGGGACCUUGAUGAAGGGUAGUCCACCAACAGCUAAAUCUGUUGUUGAAAAUCUUCCGUUGGUGGUUUUGAAGGAUGAAGAAAACAAGAUGGCUUGUGCUGUUUGUAAGGAUGAGAUUUUGGUUGUGGAGAAGGUGACUGAGCUUCCUUGUUCCCAUUAUUACCAUUGGGACUGUAUUGUGCCAUGGUUAAAUAUACGUAAUACUUGUCCUGUUUGUCGCCAUGAGUUGCCUACAGAUGAUAAUGAUUAUGAGAGGAGGAAAAAUGGAACGCGUACUGGCGUUGGAGCUGGGCUCGUCGAUGAUUUUCAGAUGCAAUUUUGCUGAGAUAAACGGCAGGAGGACAUGAAUUGCUCAUUGUUCUGCGAAUAAAACCUUGAUAUACUGAAGCGAUGCAGGGUAUGAUGAAAUGUGGAGAAACGCUAGUCCUUAUUUGAUUCUACUACAAUAAAAUAAUCCUGGCCUUUCUGAUAUGAUCAAAGCUGUCUGAAUAAUGAUUUGGAAUAUCUGGGUUCCUUUUGGUGUAUGGUUUCUUGAAUAACCCCUAAUCCAUGCAUGUGACAAAUCCUGAGAGCAUAGCUAGUGAAGAGAGCAAUUGGGUUAUUCUUGCUAGUGUUAAAUGCUUGUAUUGAUUACUAAAGGUUAACUUUUAACCGAACACUUAUAUGGUCUGUAUGACUUUCUUAUUUGUAUAAACCUCUUAAUCUUACUCCAUAUAUCUGCGAGUCA